UCCUGACACUUCCUGUUUACAUUUAGGAAGCGUGUACUUGAGUUCUGCUGGAACCAAAGGUCUAGUGGCACUCUGUAAGUGAGUUUUCACUCCUCAUGGAGCAGAUUCUGUGUUUCUUGGUGCUCCUGAUGUUCAGCGGAGCUCCGGUCACCGCAGCCCCGGCAGGAAGCAGCUUCCUGUCGGGAACAGGCAGGUUCUGGCACAUCACUGACCUCCACCUGGACCCGUCCUACAACCAGACCCGGGACCCCACCAAGGUUUGUUUCUCCUCCAAAGGAUUCCCUGCCACCCAUCCCGGGGUGUUCGGAGACUUCCUGUGUGACUCUCCCUACAGCCUGAUCCAGUCGGCCUUCACUAACUUGGCGCCGCUUACACAGCCGCAGGACUUCAUCAUAUGGACCGGGGACAGUCCACCUCACGUUCCUCCAGAAGAACUUUCUACAGAUUUAGUGAUUCAGGUCAUCAGUAACAUGACACAAACCAUCAGGCAGCACUUCCCCAACCUCACGGUCUACCCUGCGUUGGGAAAUCAUGACUACUGGCCACAGGACCAGAUGCCAGCUUCCUCUAAUGCCGUCUACAAAGCUGCAGCUGCGCUCUGGAAACCCUGGCUGGACGCCGACGCUCUGCUCACACUCUCACAAGGUGGUUUCUACUCCCAGCUGGUUAAGCCUGGUUUACGGUUGGUGAGUCUCAACACGAUCCUUUACUACGGUCCUGAUCAGGUUACAGUCGACAUGACCGACCCUGCAGGGCAGUUUGUGUGGUUGGAGAAAACCCUGGACCAAGCUGCCCAGAACCUGGAAAAGGUGUACGUCAUCGCCCACGUUCCAGUGGGGUAUCUGCCUUUUUAUGGAAACACCACUGCCAUCAGGAAAGCCCACAACGAGAGGCUGGUGGCCAUCUUCAGGAAGUUCAGUCAUGUUGUUGCAGGACAGUUUUAUGGCCACACUCACAGAGACAGCAUCAUGGUGCUACUGGACCAACAAGGUAAACCAGUGAAUUCUCUCUUUGUGUCACCGGCUGUCACACCGAUCAGAAACGUUUUGGAGGAAUAUUCCAACAAUCCAGCGUUCCGCAUGUACCUGUACAACGACAAGGACUACAGCGUCCAGGAUAUCUGGCAGUACUAUCUGAAUCUGACGGAAGCCAACGAGAAACAAAGAUCCGACUGGAAGCUCGAAUACAUCAUGACCGAAGCUUUUGGGCUGGCCGACCUGCAGCCUCACAGUCUUCUUCAGCUGGGCCUGAGCUUCAUGCUGCCGCAGACCCAAACCUUUGACCGAUACUUCACUCACUUCAUGGUCAGCUACAGCAGCAGCAUCACCUGCGGCGGGCGCUGUAAGCUCCGCCAGGUGUGCGCCGUGCUCUACCUGGACCAGCAGUCUUACUCCAAAUGUGCAGAAAGUGGAGGCUGGUAGAAAGAACUUCUCUCAAGAGACUCGUUUUAUUUUAUUUAUAUUAAUUUUGUUUCUCAGGAAUCGGAGAAAAGAGAAAAUUUUAUUUAUCACUUCUUCUCGUCUCAAAAUUUUAUUUUUCUGUUUUCAAACUAUUACCAAAGAACUUUCUAUACUUGAUUAUACUUGAUUCAUUGAUUUUAAACUGAACUAAAAUGC